CUGCAUCUAAGAACUAUAAGUCUAAGCCAAAAUUAAAAAAUUGUUUAAUCAAAAUAAUGAAAAAAAUAGAUAUUGAAGAACCGAAGAUAACACAUGAAAAGGGCAGAACCUGGCCAUGGAUGUUCCACUUUUCAUUGUUUACAGCUAACUUGAUAGUCAUCAUAUCAGGAAGCGCCCUGGCAUGGUACUCAUUUGCUUUUCCAAUAUUGACUUCAACUGACGCUGAAGUAAAUCCAUUAGGAAGACCAAUUACUCCUUUUGAAACGUCUCUAGUAUUUACAGCAGCUGCAGUUUGUGGAGCUAUUAGUAAUGUAUUUAUAGGAAGAGUUUUAGAUAAAUUUGGAAGAAGAAAUGGUAUACGAGUGUCUAGCGUUUUGUUUUUUGGAGCUUAUAUAUCUCUUGCGUUUACACAAAAUAUUUAUACGUUAGUUACAUCUUUUGCAAUACUAGGAUUAACAAUAUCUAGUGGAUUAAUAACCGUAACAAUUUAUGGGUGUGAAAUUGCGGAAGAUAAAAAUAGAGGCUGGGUCGGUUGUUUAACUUCUCUCAUGAUUCCAGUUGGUAAUAUGUUAACAUUCAUUUGUGGAGCAGUUUUCAGUAAUUUUUGCUUAUUCAAUAUUAUUUUUGCUAGUAUUGCUCUACUUCUAAUAAUAUUUUCCUUUUUUAUGGUAGAAACUCCUGUAUAUUUGGCAUUGCAGGAUAACAAGAAAGAUUGUAUAAGUACUUUAAAAAAACUUAGAUAUUACAAAAAAGAUAAUGGCCCUGAAAUUGAUUUUUACUUAUUUCAAACAAGCUCUGAAGCCACACCUAGUGAACAAAAAUUUUCAUCUCUCCUUCAAGAUAAAUCUACAAAGAAGGCAUUGCUUUUGUGUUUUACAGUUUUAACCACUCAACAGUUUUCAGGUUUAUUUUUUAUUAUGGGAUUCAUUGUGCCGAGGUUUACUGACGCCAACUCUUCAGUGUCAGGUACCACAAUCUGCCUUAUAGUAGGGGCUGUUCAAAUAGCAAUAAUUAUUGUGAUUCUUUUUAUUGUCGAUAAAAUAGGAAGGCGACCAUUCAUACUGUUAGCUUCUCUUGGAUGUUCUGCAAUGUUGUUUCUAUUGGCCUUCUAUUUUUAUGUAGAACAUAUGAACUUACCUCUUUUAGACAGUAUUAAAUUAUUACCUGUUAUUUGUAUAACUCUUUGGAUUAUAUCAUACACUUUGGGAUUGUCACAUCUCCCAAUUACUCUUAUAGGAGAACUCUUUAAUAAUGAGGUACGAGCUACGGCAGUAGGUACUAUUUAUACAGUGGAACGUAUUAUAGGAAUUGUUUUGAGUUUUGAGUAUCCAUUAAUAACUGAAAAGUUUGGUGCUCAUGUUAACAUACUACUAUGCAGUAUUAUAACACUCUGCGGUUUCGUAUUAUUACUAUUAUUUUUACCAGAAACUCGUGGUAAAAGUUUUAAAAAAAUUCAAAGUAUUCUUAGUGAGUAAACAUUUAAAUAUGGUUUACCAAAUCGUUUCCUUACAUUAUUUAUAGUUAAAUUAUUAUGCAAUUGAAUGACUGUCCCGAAUAAAGUUGUAACUCACAAAAACAUGUUUUGGCAGGAAUCAUUUUUUUUUCACUCGUGUAGUAAAGUGCCCUAAUAUCGGAUACUUUUUUUUUAACCCUAAUAUAAGUUUUAAUUCGUCAAUUAAUUUAUGAAUAUUUUAAAGCAGAACAAGUAAUAGACUAUAGAGAAUCAUUUAUUAAACGAAAAUAAAUCAUUUCUACGAAGUUAAAAAUAUAAUUUAAAUUUUUAUAAAAAACAGUUAAUUUGGACUGUCAAAAAAUUUCUCCUAAUAUCGGAUAUUAGGAUACCGGUAAGGUAAUUCUCUAAGACUGCCGUAUUAAAGGCAUUCUUGACGUCAAGUAGGAUGAGAGCCACCCAUUUCUUUGUAUUCUACAUAACUAAAGAAAAUACUUCUGUGACCGCAUGUAAGGCGGACAUCUCAAAAGAGCACCAACGAUUGAGAUCUAGAAAUCCUCCAAUACGAUCUGCCCGAAAAAUUGGUAAUUCCUAUGAUAUACAUAGGCAAUGAACAACAAGAUGGAUGCCAACAGUAGAAUCGGACUAUAUUAAGAUAUCCACCCCAACUCAGGGUUUCCUUGGUUCAAAUCUGCCCCGGUCCAUUUGGGCAAGGCUUAAUCGUAUACGUACCGGACAUGGUAAAUGUGCUGAUUCGCUGUUCAGGUGGGGUCGUGCAGAAAGUCCACAGUGCGAUUGCGGAGAAUCUAGACAGACCAUAAGCCAUUGUGUUUCAGACUGCUUGAAUCGUGUCUACCGUGGAAACCUCCAGGACUUUGCGGAAUGUUCCCCAGAAGCAAUUGAAUGGCUAUGUAAAUUGGACAUUAAUAUUUAGUGUCAUUCAUUCUAUUCAUUCUAUUUUUACUAUUUUUAGUGUUUGAAUAAUAUAUAUAAUAUAUAUGUGUAUAUUAUUGUAAUUGUAUUUGUAUAUUUAUCAUACUGUGAAAGUCCAUACGCUAAAUAAAACCUUUUAAAGUUAUUAGUGGUAAUAUACUUCAGCAGGCAGGAUGUUAUUUCAGCCGAACCUCUUUUUGCUACAAUUUAAUGCCAUAGGCACAUCAAAGAGUCGUUUUAGAUUGCUUAAUAAUUAUAACA